AGUCAGUCACAGAAUCUCCAUUCAACAGACUAGUUGGUUCGCUCGGCAUUUUUGCCCCCCAGUCGCGCAAAUGGAGGCACUCAGUUGUUGUCUGUGAAGUUGGUGCUCCUGGCGCUGCCACGAUUGCUUCCAGCGAGCCGCCAAGAAAUUGUGCUGCGUGGCACGAAGUGGUCCCUGAAACCAAGACGGAAAAGAGAGGGAGAGAGAGAGUUGAAGAAAUUUCUUGUGGCUCCUGUUUGUGCAGUGUUUCUGUGAAGGGAAUUUUUGGAUUUCGGAAUUCAUAUUCUACAUGGUGAUCAACUUCUUCUCUCUCAUCAUCAUCUAAUAUACGGCGGAAUCUUUAUACCUCCUCUCGCCACAUACAUGCAGAAAAUGGGUGUCUCGCUCUCUCGCGUCCAGAGGAAUUAAGUGUAUUUGGAAAAGUCACACACAUACACACAUCUCCUCACGGCUAAAGAGGCAUUAGAUCUCGCGCUCUCCCCCGAGAAACUCGUCAAGCAGCCAACACACAAAGUUGUGGAUUCCAUCAGAAGAGAUUCGUGUCAUCGCGCGUAGCAUUUUUAUCUGUCAACUCAAUUUUCAGUGCCACAAUCUCAUUACGCUUUUUUUUUGCUCCUCCGCUCAUCAUCGCGCGUCCUCUGGCUGCGUUGUGUUUUGUGUGUGGACGACAACACCAGCAGAACAGCCACACUCUUAAUCCUCUCCUCAUCUGCGUUGUGUGGAAGAGGAGCCCCAAAAUCCACGCUCAAAACCCUCCUGGUGAAAGUGAGAGAGAAAAAAAGUACAGAACGUGUCAAAACAAGAAGAUACAAUCCAAUGUGAAAAAAUAACCAAUUGUGUGACAAGCAGAGAAAAUAACCUCUAGUGACUUGCCAAAUGAUAGCAUGUGAAGUUGGUGGAUAAAAAACCAUCCCCCUGAAGAAGAAUCAAUUUUAUAUGUGAAACAAACCCCUUGGUUCUCCUCCUGUUUUCCUCUUUUUUUUGCAACUCUACACAACACACCUUCUCUCUAUACCUUUUUUUCCAUUUAAUUUUCCACACUCAUUUGGUUGUGCCUGUGUGAUUUUUUUUUUACCUCGCGCUACACAUCCUCCCCCCACCCCACAGUGGACACACAUCUCCUCUUCAGUGGCAUCACGACAGACAGAAAGAGAGUUGAGAGAGAGAGAGGAGACACACCAGCAGCAACAGAGGUGAAGCUGUGAAAAUUGCGAAGAGAUUAGCGGAAGGCGAGAGUGAGGAGGGAGACGACGAGGGAGAGAGAGAGGAGGACUUUUUAACUCAUUGAAGGCGCACAGAGGCGUGCCAUCAUUGAGUGGCUGAGAGGCAGAAAAGGACAAUCGCCCCAGAGGAACGUGCAAAAUCGCCUGGGGAAGAUGGAGGAUCCAGAAAUUACAUUUCUUUUUCAAUUCGGCAAUCUACGUGACACGGUGACUGUGGCAAUUCCAACCCUCAAUCUCAAAUCACUCAAGGACAGGGCGUGUGACUUUAUCAACACAAAGAUUCCUGAAAAUGGCCUAAGCCACUUGGCAGAUCGUCUACUGUUAUUUCGGCACGACUACAAUAGCCCAAAUGUCCUCCAACUGGUCAAUUCAGCGGCGGAAAUUGUUGAUGAGACUCUCAUUGAAAUUGUACUGACGGCAAAUGCAGCACUACCAUAUUCCAGUGGGAGUACCAGAGAAGAUAUACCAACAGUCUAUCCUCACUCACUGUCUGUUCACUCCUACAAGGCACCCACUUUCUGUGACUUUUGCGGCGAAAUGCUGUUCGGUCUAGUCCGACAAGGACUGAAAUGUGAUGGAUGUGGACAGAAUUACCAUAAGAGGUGUGUUGUGAAAGUUCCAAACAACUGCCAUCGAUCGGCAGAUCCCACGCGAAAGACUUCCACAUUGCAGCCGCCACGAUGUCCGUCCGGCUGCUCCAACAACUCCUCCCUCGCCGACGAUCAAUCAACGACCGGCUCGGGAUCGUCUUUGUUGAAUAGAUCCCCAGUUCCGGGCCAUUCUUAUGGCAGUAGCAAUUCCGGCCGAAUAAGCAUACCACAUCGAUUCUUCCUGCACUCGUACACACGACCCACAGUGUGCCAAUAUUGCAAGAAACUCCUCCGUGGUCUCUUCAAGCAGGGCGUUCAAUGUCGCGACUGUCACUACAAUGCUCACAAGAAAUGUGUGGACAAAGUGCCAAAAGAUUGUGUUGGAGAUUGCUCAACUGAUACAUUUGCUCCAGACCUCAAUGAUAGCAGCAUCAGCAGCGAACGAGACUUUAAGGACGAAUUCGAAGACAGUGACUUCGAUGACAAUGCAUUCAACAAUCAUAGACAGAAUGUGCCACCAGUUAAAGUGAAUGGUACCAUUCAUGAGCCAGAACUCGACCUCCUCGACGCCACUUCCGAACAGUCCAGGCAAUCCAGUUCUUCAUCCUCCCCCAGCGCCAACAUACCCCUCAUGAGAAUCGUGCAGUCCGUGAAGCACACCAAACGACGCGGCGACCGGGCGAUGAAGGAAGGCUGGCUGGUGCACUUCACCAACAAAGACAAGACCGUGAAGCGUCACUAUUGGCGUCUCGACUCCAAAUCCAUCACGCUCUUCGUCUCGGAUCAGGGCAGCAAGUACUACAAGGAGAUCCCAUUGAAUGAGAUAAUGGCCGUGGACACUGCGCGAACACUGGUGGGCGAUGUUUAUCACUGUUUCGAGAUCAGGACUGCAACUGUUGACUACUACGUGGGUCAGGAUCCGCUCAAGGAUGGCGAACUGAUGAUACUGCCACCGCCCGACAGUGGAGUUGGUGCGUACUUAGCCAAAAGCUGGGAGACUGCCAUCAAGCAAGCCCUCAUGCCCGUGACCAAGACCUCGGCGACUGACAAUGAGGAGAAUGUCCAAGAUAUGGGACAACUCUAUCAAAUAUUCCCCGAUGAAGUGCUCGGAUCGGGACAAUUUGGCACGGUUUACGGUGGAAUUCAUCGCAAGACACAUCGAGAGGUUGCCAUAAAGGUGAUUGACAAAAUGAGAUUCCCAACGAAGCAGGAGGCACAGCUGAAGAAUGAAGUUGCAAUCCUUCAGAACAUCUCCCACUGUGGCGUUGUGAAUCUCGAGAGAAUGUUCGAGACACCAGAGAGAAUAUUUGUUGUGAUGGAGAAACUCAAGAAUGACAUGCUGGAGAUGAUUUUGUCAAGUGAAAAGGGAAAAUUGAGUGAACGAGUUACAAAGUUUCUCAUAACACAAAUUCUUGUUGCACUUAAGCAUCUCCAUAGUAAGAAUAUCGUUCACUGUGACCUCAAGCCGGAGAAUGUUCUUUUAUCAUCUGACAAUGAAUUCCCACAAGUGAAGCUGUGUGACUUUGGCUUUGCUCGCAUCAUUGGGGAGAAGUCCUUUAGGAGGUCCGUGGUGGGAACACCGGCCUAUUUGGCACCUGAGGUCCUGCGGAAUAAGGGAUACAAUCGAUCACUGGAUAUGUGGAGUGUCGGUGUGAUAAUCUACGUGAGUCUGAGUGGCACUUUUCCCUUCAACGAGGACGAAGACAUCAAUGUUCAGAUACAAAAUGCCGCAUUUAUGUAUCCACCAAAUCCGUGGAAGGAAAUCUCGUCAGAUGCCAUUGAUCUGAUCAAUAAUCUCCUGCAAGUGAAGCAGCGAAAGCGCUUCACGGUGGAUAAGAGUUUGCAGCACACUUGGCUCCAAGACUCCCAGACAUGGAAUGAUCUGCGCGCCCUGGAGGCCUCCGUGGGCAUCAGAUAUCUCACACAUGAGUCCGACGAUGCCCGCUGGGCGGCCACAGGACCCUGACCCCUGGACUCACCGGAGCACUCCCCGAAAAUCGACGCCGUUCGCGGGAAGGCGAUGAAAUGGGUUCGUGGAACAUUGUGUAAAUUUGCAAAGGCCUAAAAAACAAAACACUAUAAAUAUAUAUUUGUUAAUAAUUUUACUAGGAAAUUAUUAAAAAAAAAACACGCGCAUUAUACACCAAUUUUAAAGAAAAAAAUGAGAUAGGAUUUACAAGAGAGAAGCAACAUGAUAAGAAUGAUUGAUGUAAUUGCCCAAGAGUGAAUAUUUGCUAAGAGAAAAACCACUUACAAGAAGUCUCAAAAUAUAGGUUUAUAAAUCUACACACUAAUAUGUGAGAUUACUGAUAUAAAUGAUUAAUGAAAUAUAUUUCUUGUGGAAUGAAUAAUCUCAUAUGACCACAAGAGUGGAUAGAAUUGCUUCAAGAAAGAAAACAUAAGAAAAAACAGUGGAUAAAGUGAGUUAGAGAAGUAUGAAACAUGAAUUUAUCUUUCUCAAAGAAAACCAAAAUAAUGGGUUUAUUGGCAAAAUACAAUUUAUAUCGAAGAUAAAAAUAUAGGUUUUAAAAGAGAUACAUAAUUAUUGAAUUAUAAAAAGCUGUAUCCCAUAGAAAUACUCUCAUUUAAACAUACAAAAAAGAAAAGAUAUAUAAUCUAAAAUCAUUAAUAAAAUGAUAUUUGAAAAGGAAGAAAAGAAAAAUACAUUAACAUUCCUUAAGAGAUUUUUUUUUGGAUAACAACGAAAAUCAUGUAAAAAUUUUUUACACAAAUUGCACAUAAAUUCAAAACAUUUUUUAAAUCAAAAUUGCGUGUGACCUUUGAUAUUACAAAAAAAAAUAAAAACCUUCAAAGGACAUUUUUGCUUAAAAUUAUUCUCUUUUUUCACUUCAUGUGUCGAAAUUUCUUGUGUACUAAAAAGUGCCUGUAUUUUAUGCAUGUUCAAAUUGGUAAAAGAAAAACAUUCAUAAGUAAAGAUUUUCAAAAGAAUUGGUCGAAAAUUGUAAAGGUUUUAAAAUUUCUGUUUUUACAUUCAUGUGAUUUUUUUCUUAUCAUCUGUUUUUUUUGAUCAACACACUUUGAGAAAUCGGAGAAAAAGCACGAAGAAAAUAAGGAAAGAUAAAUUUCAAUAUUAAUGCUCAUAAAGUGGCCAAAAAAUAAAAUAGUGACUUUAGCAAUCUUUUAAAGGAAAAUGUGUAAAGAAAUGCCGAUAGAAAAACUUACAAUAAAACAUGUCUAAACUCUAAAAAGCAUGAAAUAUAAAUAGAAUAUAAUAAUUGAAUAAUAUGACAUCACUACAAUAAAAGAGGAAAAAAAGAAGAAGAGAAAUUCAUUUCCAAACGCAUUGUGAAUAACUUUAAAAAGGGACCUCUGACAUUAAGGAAACCUUCCUUUUAUCACUGUGUAGCUAAAGCUCCUUAUAUUUUGUAACGUACCUAAAUGAGAGAGAAGGAUGAUUAAAGGCUCCAAUGAUGUGUCUAAUUAGUAACUUUGGCUCUUUAAUAAAAGGAAAAACCCAUCAAGAUGAAAAUUAAUAAUCAUUGUUCUCAAUGUCAGUGUGUUUGUCGAUAUAAAUUCAUAUAUAUUAUGAUUAAUUACUAAAUUGCUGUAAUUAAAGGUUGCCCAACAACAUCCAAGCAUAUUUCACACAGAGAGUGACAAAACCCAUAGAAAUACAAAAAGACGAUGUUAGCGGUGAAGGCAUAAGAAGCAUAGAACAAGAAUAAUAUAAAAUCGAAGGAAAAAUUAUAUUUUGUAUAUAAACAAAUUGACUUAUCAUCUAUUUUAUACGCAAUUCUCUCUCUCUCUCUCUCUCCUCACGAGUCUCUGUCCAAAUUUCAUGUUCCUCCUUGUCCUUUGAGAAAGGCAACAAGAAUAACACGAAAAAGAACUUUUCCAUUUAUUCCAUCGUCAUUUGUAGUCAUUAAUUUCAUUUCCUUCGACAAUCCAACCCAAGAAAAAACCAAGAAAGAAUGGAAUGUUUGUACAAGAAUGAUUUUUUUUCUGUCUUCCACCAUGAAUUUUUGUGUUGAAAUAAAAAUUUUUCGUCUCCCACAAGAAAAAA